AUGGUGCGGCUACAAGGCAGCCCCGUUGCGCUGGCGGUGGCAGCUGUGCCAGGAGAGUUGGCUGGAAUGCUGUAUCGAUGGCGGGAUGCAGUCCAUGGAAUGGUCCUCGCUGUUGCUAAUGCGUCUCGGUGGAAGGCUAUUGAGUCCAGAGCCCUCAUCAAGGAUCAAUCGGAAGCAGCGUGGUACACCAUGUACGAGUCGCGCAGUAUUCCGUCAUUCAUUGCCACGAAGUCGAUACCACCGGACGACUUUGAUGACCUGCUUCGUGUCUUUUCUGUCAACUACACAGUCUGUUCCGGACCUGGGCGUCGUGAAAGGCCGCCGAGAGUGCAACAGACGCAUGCUGUCCUCGCAAUGCUCCUCCAUUACUAUACGGCUGCUGUUGAGCACAAAACAUUACAAGAGCUUUUCGGUGUGUCGCCAACUACAUUCUCCCGUGUGCUGCGUCGAGCAGAAGUGGCGCUGGACCGUGCAUUGUCCCACAUGCAGGAUUCUGCUGUUCGUUGGCCAUCAAAGGCCUUGCAACGGGACUGGGCUGUCUUGACGAACGCAAAGGAACCCCUCAUGGAAGGUGUGUUUGCCUUUGUGGACGGCAAAAACUAUCGUGUGCAAAGUCCUUCCAACGCAGACCUGCAAAAUGCCCAUUACAACGGUAUGCUCCCCGUCCUCGCUGUUGCUAAUGCGUCUCGGUGGAAGGCUAUUGAGUCCAGAGCCCUCAUCAAGGAUCAAUCGGAAGCAGCGUGGUACACCAUGUACGAGUCGCGCAGUAUUCCGUCAUUCAUUGCCACGAAGUCGAUACCACCGGACGACUUUGAUGACCUGCUUCGUGUCUUUUCUGUCAACUACACAGUCUGUUCCGGACCUGGGCGUCGUGAAAGGCCGCCGAGAGUGCAACAGACGCAUGCUGUCCUCGCAAUGCUCCUCCAUUACUAUACGGCUGCUGUUGAGCACAAAACAUUACAAGAGCUUUUCGGUGUGUCGCCAACUACAUUCUCCCGUGUGCUGCGUCGAGCAGAAGUGGCGCUGGACCGUGCAUUGUCCCACAUGCAGGAUUCUGCUGUUCGUUGGCCAUCAAAGGCCUUGCAACGGGACUGGGCUGUCUUGACGAACGCAAAGGAACCCCUCAUGGAAGGUGUGUUUGCCUUUGUGGACGGCAAAAACUAUCGUGUGCAAAGUCCUUCCAACGCAGACCUGCAAAAUGCCCAUUACAACGGCUCAUGGAACGAUGGCGAGGUCAGCUGUCACCUCCAAGCACGUGUGUCUGACGAGCGUUUUGUUGCUCCGGGGAUGAAGAUUGCCUCCGUUUCGGCAUUCCCUGUUAGUGGUCGCUGCUCUGGUCGGAUUAUCACCCCACUGAAAGAAGGUGACCUCGAUCGCAACCCUCCAUGCGACCGGUUGGCUCUGCAGACAAUGAGUGACUGCAUAACAUCUCUCAGGCAGGCUGCAGAGUGGGGAAUGGGCGCGACUGGAAAGGUCUACCGCCAGUUGUUGCUACCCCUACCGUACAACCCCUUGGUGCGAGGGCGUCGUCUCUCCAACAUGUUUCAGCUCUACAACUUCAGAGUUCGCCGAACGGGACUCAGUCAAAUCAAGAAUGUAUUUGGUGCAUAG